AUGGGCAACUGCUGUCGUUCGCCGGCGGCCGUGGCCCGGAAGGAUGUCAAGACCCACUUCCCCGGAGCCCGCCACGACCAUGGCGGCCCCGGCGCCCGUGGCAAGAACCACGACCACGACGACGACCACCACCAGCAACAGAACGGUGGCGGCGGCGGCCACUCCAAGCGGAUGACGGUGCUGAGCAGCGAUGCCAAGUCGGAGGGUGCGGUCGAGGAGAGGUACGUGCUUGACCGGGAGCUCGGCCGCGGGGAGUUCGGCGUCACCUACCUCUGCAUGGAUCGCGACACCAGGGAGCUCUUCGCUUGCAAGUCGAUCUCGAAGCGGAAGCUGCGGACGGCGGUGGACGUGGAGGACGUGCGGCGGGAGGUGGCCAUAAUGCGGCACCUGCCGAGGAGCCCCAGCAUCGUGAGCCUGCGGGAGGCGUGCGAGGACGACGGCGCCGUUCACUUGGUGAUGGAGCUGUGCGAGGGCGGGGAGCUUUUCGAUCGCAUCGUGGCGAGGGGGCACUACUCGGAGCGCGCGGCGGCCGUCGUCAUGAAGACGAUCGUCGAGGUCGUGCAGCUGUGCCAUCGGCAUGGCGUCAUCCACCGUGACCUCAAGCCGGAGAACUUUUUGUUCGCUAACAAGAAGGAGAACUCGCCAUUGAAGGCAAUCGACUUCGGGCUGUCUAUAUUCUUUAAGCCUGGUGAAAGGUUUUCUGAGAUUGUUGGAAGCCCGUACUACAUGGCUCCUGAAGUUCUAAAGCGGAAUUAUGGACCAGAGAUUGACAUAUGGAGUGCGGGAGUUAUUCUCUACAUCCUCCUAUGUGGAGUUCCCCCAUUUUGGGCUGAAACCGAACAGGGAGUUGCACAGGCCAUUCUUCGUGGGAUUAUAGAUUUCAAGCGUGAACCAUGGCCUAGUGUCUCAGAAAAUGCUAAAAAUUUGGUUCGGCAGAUGUUGGAACCUGACCUCAAGCUUCGGUUAACGGCAAAGCAAGUGCUUGAACAUCCUUGGCUUCAAAAUGCUAAAAAAGCUCCGAAUGUACCACUUGGUGAUGUUGUCAAGUCAAGGCUGAAGCAGUUUUCGAGGAUGAAUAGAUUUAAAAGGAAAGCAUUGAGGGUUAUCGCUGAUCACUUGUCUAAUGAAGAAGUUGAAGACAUAAAAGAGAUGUUUAGGAUGAUGGACACUGACAACGAUGGCAUUGUUUCGCAUGAUGAACUCAAAUCUGGACUUGCUAAGUUUGGUUCACACCUUAUGGAGUCUGAAGUGCAGAUGCUCAUUGAAGCUGUUGAUACCAAUGGAAAAGGGACCCUAGAUUACGGAGAGUUUGUAGCUGUAUCUCUUCAUCUACAAAGAAUGGCAAAUGAUGAGCAUAUCAGGAGGGCCUUCUCCUUUUUUGACAAAGACGGGAAUGGCUUUAUUGAACCAGAGGAACUGCGUGUGGCACUAGCAGAAGAUGGAUCUCCUGAUAGCAUGGAUGUUGCAAACGACAUUUUACAAGAAGUUGAUACUGACAAGGAUGGGCGAAUCAGCUACGAUGAAUUUGUGGCAAUGAUGAAGACUGGGACAGAUUGGAGAAAGGCUUCACGGCACUACUCAAGAGGAAGAUUUAACAGUCUCAGCAUCAGACUAAUGAAGGAUGGGUCCUUAAACUUGGGCAAUGAAUGAACAGAUUGAACCCCUGCUUGUCUGUUGUUGAGAAUCGGUCCACUCCUACCCCCAAAAUGAUUUUUGUAUUUUGAUUAUUUUGGUUAGCGGACUUCCAUGUGCAGUGGUGUGCUUGUAGGCGUGCUUGUUGCCAUGUGAAAUCGAGGCUGUCUGGUAUAAUGUGUUGUGUUUGCUGCAAGUGUUGUACCAUAUGGGGCUUGUUUGGGUAAUAUGACCAUGGUUCAGAAGAGGACAUCCUACCAGCUGAGCCUCGGAAAUUUACGGAGA